AGGGCUGUGCAUAAAGGAAGCAUUUCGUUUUGACCAGUGUUUUGACGUUUUGACAGAACAGUGUUUCGUUUCAACUUUUAUUUUGAGUCAAAACAACUGUUCUGUUUUGUUCCAUCGAAACAUUUUACCGUUUUGACCCUGUUUCGACGUUUUGCCCGUAGGAUAUAAUUGGGAAGGUUGAAACAGGCUAUAACUUUGUCAUUUGUGGCCAGAUUUGGAUGAAACUUGCAGGAAUGGUAGUCCAUUUUGAGGGCAUGUUGCCAAAGUUUCAAGGAGAUAGGUGCAUGUUGUUCAGAGAAACUGCGCCCCAAAAUCCUGAAAGCAAAACUUGUGUCACGUGUAUGUGUUAAGACACAGUGGGGUCACAACUGCAGGCUUUCUAGCCCCUGCUGAGGCCAUGAAGCCUGCCACGUUUCAAGGAGAUAGGUGCAUGUUGUUCAGAGAAACUGCGCCCCAAAAUCCUGAAAGCAAAACUUGUGUCACGUGUAUGUGUUAAGACACAGUGGGGUCACAACUGCAGGCUUUCUAGCCCCUGCUGAGGCCAUGAAGCCUGCCAAGUUUCAAGAAGAUAAGUACAGGGGUUUGGGGGGAACUGCACCCCAAAUUCUUGAAAGCAAAGCUCAUGUCACGUAUAUGUGUUAAGCUACAGUGGGGUCAAAACCACAGGGGUGGUAGCCCCUGAUGAGGCCACAAAGCCUGCCAAGUUUCAAGGUGAUAGGUGCAGGGAUUUGAGAGGAACUGAACCUCAAGCUGCUGACAGGCAGUACUCAUGACAUAGGUCACCCUGUGUGUGUCAAGGUGCAGUGGGCUGAAAACUGCAGGGGUGGUGACCCAAGUUUCAAGGAGAUAAAUGCAGGGGUUUGGGGGAAACUGCAAGCUGCGGACAGGCAAAACUUGUGACAUGGGUGCUUGUGCAACUGUGUCUGUCUUGGGGCACUGGAGGGGGGGGCGGGGACUACUGCAGGCCUGGCUGCUAAGCUACUGUGUUACCAGUUACCAGUUAAUCAUGAUUCACUCAGGGACCAGUUCAAUACACAGUACCUAGCUACUACAUAAUGACUUAACAACUAUGGAUUAACACCUACAAAACCACAGACAGACUAAGGAGAGGAAAUAAUCAAUACAGACAAUCAACUGCCCCAAGACAGAGACAGGCACUUGCACAAGCACCAAUGUCAUGAGUUUUGCCUGUCAGCAGCUAGAGGUGCAGGGCCCCAGAACCCAGACCCCCCUGCACUGAUGUCCUUGACAGCUGGCAGGCUUCGUGGCCGCAGCAGGGACCACCAUCCCUACAGCUUUCACUUUGCUGUGCCUUAACACACACUGUCACCCAUGUCACGAGUUUUGCUUGUCCACAGCUUGAGGUGCAGUUUCCCCCAAACCCCUGUACCUAUCUCCUUGAAAGCUGGCAGGCUUCAUGGCCUCAGCAGGGGCCUGCAGUUUUGACCAUGCCAUGGCUCAACAUAUACAUGUGACAUGAGUUUUGCUUUCAGGAUUUUGGGGUGCAGUUUCUCCGAACCCCCUGCACCUAUCUCCUUGAAACAUGGCAGGCUCUGUGGCCUCAGCAGGGGCUACAAAUCCCUGCAGUUUUGACCCUGCUGUGGCUUAACACAUACACAACACAAGUUUGGCUCUCAAAACUUUGGCGUGCAGUUUCUCCAAACCCCCUACACCUAUCUUCUUGAAACUUGGCACGCUUUAUGCCCUCAGAAGGGGCUACCAUUUCUGCAAGUUUUAUCCAAAUCAGGCCAGAAAUGACAAAGUUAUAGGCUGUUUUGACCUUCCCCAUUAUAGCCUAUGGGCAAAACUGCGAAAUGUUUCAACUUGCCUAGUUUCAUUUCGAGGCUGUUUCAGCCAUAUCUGUUUUGUUUCGAUCUUGCUGUUUCGACCUUGAAACAGGUCAAAACAGCAUCGUAACAAAACUGGUUGCGAAAUUUCGCGCAGCCCAACCAGGAGCCAGAGGGUCUUCUGCAAUCUGCAGAGGAUGGAGAGAGGCAGCAAUUCUUGCCACUAGGAUGGGGGUACAGCCUGGAUAUGCAGGUCUGAGCUUGCAAUGGAGUUUUGGGCCUGCGCUUUCUCUGAAUAAAUGGGAGUCCUCAGUGGAAGCUUGAAGGGAAGCCUGGCCAUAAACUGUAUAUUCCUCUCCUGAAGAAGGGCUGUAGUCCCAUUUCUCCAUUAAGUAGCCUGGGUGGGGUCUGCUGGGGAGUAGCAAACAGUUCCAUUGGUACCUGGCCAGGGCAGGCACCUCCAUGAGGAGAGCUUGGGAAGGUUGAUGUCAUUUCUUCUUCAAGGCUAGGACGUGACUUGUGUUUCCUCCAGGACAGGAGGAAGGUAGCAGCUGGUGGGGCCAUUUUUAGUAGUGCCAACCUGAGUGUUCAGAAAAUGCAGGAUAAGUCCCAGAAUCUGAAGAGUGACUUUAAAAUUGUUUCUUUUGAGGAUACAUUGAGAUCUUUUUUGGGGCCUCCUGGUUUCUAAGCACUCAGGAGCACUCCAUACCUUGCUCCCAGCUUUGCUAUACCCCUGGGAAAGCUGGGCUUGCGCUGUCUGGAGUGGGAACUGAGCUGUGUCCUUCCCCAAAAGUCCCAUGUGCUUUAAACAAAACACCAUGGCUAAAUACAGUCAAAAAGCCCAAGGCUGAAUUGAUUCAGUUGUCACAAGUUAAUCUUUGCAAGUUAGUCUAAGCUGUGUAGAUUGAACCAAUAAGCAAGUGAACACACAUUUACUUUUGAUUCCGGAAACGCAGCCACAUGCCUGCAGUGGCAGAGGCCAGAAGCUGGGGGCUGCUGGAACACACCUCCCUGCUUGGCUGGAGCAGACAGCUUGGGCGGAGGCUAACCCACCCACGCUGCAAGGAGGUUUGUGGGGGAGGUGUAAAGCAUCCUGAGAUGCUGGAGGACUGUGAGUUAACUUGAAUCUGGAGGGGAUCUGGGACAAAAGUUCAAUAAACCAAUUUAACCUAAAUCAGUUAAAUCUGAAAUUAUAUCCAUUCAGAUUUAUCUUAAACUGGGUUUGGCCAUUUUGAAAGUGGUUUAUGUGCACUGGAUUUCUGUUACGUUACAAAUUUGAACUGGUUUCCAGUCAUUUAUACCGGUUAUUAUGUAAUUUCUGUCCCUCACCCAUGUGUUCUCACCUGAGCUGUUUUCUGUCUGUCUCAAGCUGAUGCCAGUUUUGUAUGUAACACUGUUCAAUCCAGGCCAUGGAGCUGUGAGGGCCACAUAGGCACUAUGAUCCCUGGUGUGCUGGGCCCGGGAACCAGCCUGCCUGCUGCCUCUGGCCUGGCUGAGGCACCUACUUUCUCUGCUCACCACAGCCAAGCUGAAGAAAUGUGCCUUACUGUGACUCUUAGCCCAGGGUUCUCCACAUGUGGGUGGAGGGGGAUCCACAGCUGCCCUCUCCCAAAGCAUCCUGGGACCUCUCAACCUUGAAAUAAAGCAGAUGUAAGGAAUUGGGACGUUUCCUCACUAUGAUAAAUUAAUUUUUUUCUUGGUGCUGGUAGGCAUAUUUGGACAUCUUUCAGAACAUCUUCCCAUGGGCUGCAUGCAAAGGUCCUACCAUUAAAUUCUCUCCAUCUCAGCCCUGCAAGCCCUCACAGGAUGAGGGUGCAGAUCCUCUCACAUGGAGGAGAGGAGCACAGAUGAGAGGAGGCUGCUGCUGCCACCGCUGCCUGGGACCGGCAAUGAAGCCAAGUAAGCCCAGCUUUGAAAUUUGAAACGUUUCAAAACUUUCUAAACGUUUCGAGCACCCUCAUUUCCUUUCAAAGCUCUUUCAAAGCCUUUUGUUUCAUUUUGAUUUCGCUAUUUUAAGCUCAAAACACAUCGAAACAGCUUCAAAACUAAACACCUGGUGAAAUUUCGCGCAGCCCUAAUGCAUAAGUACUUGUAUAAUCAAGUACUAAAAUGUGCAGUAAACAGAGAUACUGCACAGUAGCACUGGCAAAUGUCUUUUAAGUGAUGCUACUAUGCAGUAGCAUAUUAGCGCUGUUGGUGCUGUGACACACUACUGCAUAGUAUUACUUGGUUACUGCACAGUUACUGUCUUGAGUACAUGUGCCCACUGUGACCCAAAUUGCAGUUGUGUGACAGCAGGAGCAAAGGGAGCAUGGCUCCAGCCCCACUGCAGCCUGGGGCCGGCUCUCACUCAUCUCCAGUUACAAAUAAAGUCCCUGGUCCACUACCAGCCACAGCAAUCCAGGCCUUAGAGCUGCAUGAGCCCCAUGACACCAUGUUUACUAAUACUUCAAGAGUUCCAGCCCUGUCAGGCCUUGUUGCCCCCGGACACUACUGAGGUAGGACAAAGCCUGAACAGCUUGCAUUAGGCCUUAGCCAUUUACCUUAGGGAACAGCUCUGUGCUUGGGCACCUGCCAGAAUCCUGUGGGGAAAUGCUACUUGAGCAUGGCUCUGGUGCAUAGGCACUCCCACUGCCCAGGGCUGGGGUAUUGCUGCCAUUGAACCUUUCUCCUAAACCUGUUGUAGGAGUCCCUCUUCCAAAGCCAAGGGUUGUGCUGCUGUAGGCUAGAAGGUGCCUGUUCUAUGUUCACUAGUGCGGGGUAUUUCCAGCAACAGCUAGCUUGGGAAGCCUCAGCCUGCCCAGGACUUUGCCUUUCAGAGUCCCCUAGCCAGGUUCUGAGACCUGGGGACUAAAAAAGUCAUGCAGCCACCUGGCCGUUCCCGUACAGCUGCCAUAUCUGGGGCUCUGAUCAGCCAGUAAUAAAGAGACACGCACUUUAUGGGCCAGGCACCACCCGCUCCACUCUGGCCUUAUCUGUCCCCUCUCUCCCACUGGCAUUCUCUUUCCAAGCAGCUGACGUAGGUACUUACCUGUUUUCUGGUCCCUUUCACUAUGGGCUACUUUAAGUCCCAUCUGGUCUUGGUCCUGCUCCUGUCACUGGCUUGGGUGGCACCUAGCUGGGGGGAAGGUGAGGAAGACCAGGGCAAGGAGGUAGAGGUGCAGCAGAAGGAGGAGGUGAAAGAAAAAGAGGAGGUCAUCUCAGCUGAGCUUUUGGAAGAAGAUGAUGUCUUAGUACUCCAUCAGCACAACUUCGAUCGAGCCCUGCAUGAGCACAGGCUGCUCCUGGUGAAGUUCUAUGCCCCUUGGUGUGGGCACUGCCAGGCUCUGGCCCCCGAGUACUCACAAGCUGCUGGGAUCUUGAAGAAUGAAUCCCUGGACUUGAGACUGGCCAAAGUGGAUGCGACAGAGGAAACAGUUCUAAGUGCUGAGUUUGGUGUUACUGGGUACCCUGUGCUGAAGCUCUUCCGAGAUGGGAACCGCACUCACCCCACAGACUACACAGGUGCACGGGACUCCCAGGGCAUCGUGCUGUGGAUGAAGCGGAAGGCUGGCGCCAGUGCCACGCUGCUGCAGGACAAGGAUAGCACUGCAGAGCUCAUUGACUCCCAUGAUGUUGUUGUUGUUGGGUUCUUUAAGGAACUGCAGGGUGAAGGCGCGCAGGUAUUCUAUGAAGUUGCCAGUGAUAUUGUGGACAUCACCUUUGGGAUUACCGAGAAAGUGGAGCUUUCCCAGAAAUAUGGCAUCACCCAGGACACAGUCUGCAUCUUCAAGAAGUUUGAUGAGAAACAGACAGAUUUCCCACUGGACUCAGAGCAGAGGCUGGACAAGGAGGAGCUUUCCCGCUUCAUUGUUGUGCACAGCCUGGAGCUGGUGAUGGAAUUCACUAGCGAAACCUCAUCUAAGAUAUUUGGAGCAAAAAUCCUUAACCACCUGCUGUUGUUCAUUAACAAGACUGUGGAGUCUCAGCUGGAGAUGGUGGGGAAUUUCCGGGAAGCAGCAGCUGCUUUCAGGGGCCAGGUUCUCUUUGUGCUCAUUGAUGUCAAUGGGUAUGGGGCCAAUGUGCUACACUUCUUUGGCCUGAAGAGCCAUGAUGCUCCCACCCUGCGCUUCAUCAACAUAGAGACCAACAGGAAGUACUGCAUGGCUUCAGAGGACUUCUCGGCUCAGGCUGUGGGCUCCUUCACCCAGGAUGUGCUUGAUGGCAAAGUCAAGCCUCAUUUCAUGAGUAAGGAAAUCCCUGAGGACUGGGAUAAGCAGCCAGUUAAAGUCCUUGUGGGCAAAAACUUUGAGAAGGUGGCUUUUGAUGAGACCAAGAACGUAUUUGUGAAGUUCUAUGCUCCUUGGUGUGCACACUGCAAGGCAAUGGCAUCUGUCUGGGAGGAGCUGGGUGAGAAAUAUAAGGACCAUGAGAACAUCAUCAUUGCCAAGCUGGAUGCAACAGCCAAUGAGAUUGAGAACAUCACCAUCCAUGGCUACCCAACACUGCACUACUUCCCUGCUGGGCCAGAUAGGAAGAUGAUUGAGUACAAGAGUGCCAGAGACCUGGAGACCUUCUCUAAGUUCCUGGAGAAUGGGGGCAUACUGCCCAUGGAGAAGGAGGUGGCUGAGACCCCUGAGGAUGUAAAUGGGACAAGUCCAUCAGAUGCCACUGAAGCCAGAGAUGAAUUAUAACCCCCCACCUGCACAUCCUGCUCAUCUUGCUCGGAAAACCAACAGCCCAGUUCAUGGCACCUAGAAACAGAGCUUGCCCCAUGGGCAUGGACUACAGCACCAGGGCUUAACUCACCCCAUCACUGUGUCCCCCCAGGCCUGCCCUUGUGUUCUUUGUGCCAAGGAAUGGAGUCUGUGGGGAAGAUCCUGCUGCAUGGUACCUGGUGCCUCUUUCCCUUUUCAGAGUGGCCUAGGCCCAGCAGGUUUGGGGAUCAGGUUUCAGGGGAGUUGUGCCUCCCUGCUUGGUGCUGUUUUCUCCAGUCUCUGCCCCUGCUACAUCAUUGAUGGCACAUGCCUUCCAGCACUGUGAGCCAGACUUGGGCCAGGAAUAAGAGGCAAGCAACCUCAGGGAGCUGAGCUUGGCACCUAGACUGGUACUAGUACUCAAAAGGCCUGUGUCCUGUGAUGCCCAUGGGGAAUGAGACAAUGUUGCCAUCCCCAAAUGCCCACACACAGUUAUGCCUCCAAAAUCAUGAGACUGGCUCUAAAAUAACACAGAUUUAAACAAUCAGUGCUGGGUCUCUGUAUCAGUCUUCUGAUUUGGUUUGUCAGGUCAUACUUACACAUUUCCCUGUUGCCAUGGGCUGGAACCUGAUGUGUUAAAAGCAAGUGAAGAUGGUCACAGGUUCACUGGACUCCAGUGAGCAGGAGCUGAAGGAAAACCUAUGAUACACAGCUGGAGAUGAAAAUGGGGAGUCUGGCAACAGUAGCAGGGAAGCUGGGCAACUUGAGAGCAAGUAGGCUCAGACAUUGACAGAGUUCAGGAAGAGGGCCGGGCAGACUGGGAACCCCACACUGAACAGUUAAACCAUCCAGGGAGGCAGUGCAGCCCAGCCUAACCAGGCACUGCUGGGAGAUGGUCCUGAGCUGAGAGAUGGUAACAAAGCUCUCUCUGUAAGUCCUUCUCUUCCCUCCCCAACUCUUCUGAGUGCUGCUCUGACAGCUAGAAGGUGCUGUGACCAUGAACAGAGCUGGGAAGGCCAGGCCAUGGGCAUGAGAGUAAGCAUUUGCUGCAGUGGUAGAGGCAACACACAGCUAGUGGGAUUGACUCCAGUGGAAUAUGGCACCAGCCUGAAGUGCCAUCCACAGCUCAGUGGUCUGUGACUCUCCUUCUCCUGGCCUAUGACUCCCUCAGGGAGCUAGAGCAGCAGAGAGGAGUCUUGCAGAUAGCUAGCAUCCCUUGAGCCAGUUGAAUGGAAGGUGUAUUAGUUACCAGGGUGGGAGGAAUGUAGCCUCUAAAGCAGCCUGCCCUUUGGUGGGCUUUGCUGCUGGCUUCUUUUUCUGCAGUGGCUCAUGAUGUCAGCCUAGACUAGAGGUGGCAGCACAGGCUAGAGCCACAAAGGCACUUAUGUGCCUGAUAGCUGCCCAUUUGAGUCACCUAAACAAGCACUUAGUCCCAACCCCUCCUGCUCCUGCUUAGCUGCUGCCUCCUUUAGGAGAUACCGAAGGGCUCCAGGCCCCCUAGAUUUAUGUAGCUGGGCCUGAUGCAGCCACCAAGCUGUGCUGCACCUACAUCCUGCUGCUUUUUAUUUGGUGGGGUUAAACAUGGGCCAAAGCACAGUAAGGUGGUACUGUGUGGAGGGAAGGAUUUCCUUGCUUUUUAAUCCAGAUUUUCCCCCCAAUAUGCUAAAAAGAGUAUUCUGGGGUUAUUGCAAAACAGCUUUUAUUUUUGGGGGUUGGGGGGGGUUGUUUGUUUGUUUGGUUCAGCUGCUGAAGAAGGCAGGCAGACAGGCAGGCAAGCUAUAUAGAUAACUAUGUAUUUCUAAAAGACACAUCCUAGCAGGAAGAGCUCUUUGUCAUUCAGCCUAUGAGUGAACCGGUUUGCUGAGCAGAAUGAAACUUGCUCAUGCUGUGGAUGGGCAUGCACUGCACAGAUUGGUGCUGUUCCUCAGGAGGCUAAUACUGUAUUUUUUCACAUACCACAUGCAUCUCUUUGCUGAAAAUUAGCUACUAGAAAUUGCAGUGUGUAUAUUAAGCUAGGCAAUAUAUCCAGCAGCUAUGGAGCCCCAUGUGCUCACUGCACUGCUCAUGUCCCAAAGUGAAAUACUAUGGGGGAGGAGGGGAAGGGGUACAGGGGGAAGAAGGGAAAAUAACCCUGCAUGUGCUGGACAGGGGGGGGCAUUACAGUAAGCAUAUGGGAGCUCUCUAGGGGAGCUGGCUGGCUGUGGACAAUGGCUUCCUAGCAGCUGCCUUUGCAGCAGCUUGAGGGUGUUUCGUCAGCAUGUACUUGUUAAAGGGAGACAAGGUUCUUUGGGUAGAUGUGAUAUCUUUUUUUAGACGAACUGAAUAGUUGAAAAAAUUGUUCUUUGUGAGCUUUCGGGCACAAACACCCUGGGGUCGCUGCUGCUACUAUAGCUGAGGGAUCAAGUGUCCACAGUCAGCCUGCAGCUAGGGGGUUAACGCAGCAGCCACAGGUUGUUGGUCUCCUACUGCAACUGCUGGUAUUGUCACUACUGGCUAUCAUGGUGGCUGCAGCAGGGGCACUUGAGAGGGCAGAUGCUGUGUUAGCUCUGGGCAGGGAAGUUAUGUUUUUUUUAGUCAGCAAAAAAGCUUUUUUUUUUCUUAAUUCUGCCUGCUGAAAACAAAGUGUGUGUCCUGUUCAGGGGAAUGUGGCAUGUGUGAGACACACACACCUCUGACCUGAUAAUCACUGGCUGCCGAGGCAUAGUUUCCCACAUACGCGCAGAGAACAAGGGCCUAGGGAGAUGCCUGCAGAUGAGCUCACCAAAACCAGCAGCUAGGGCAGACAUCAGCUUUUUGCCUUGUAGGCAUGUCUGGGGGUCAGCCUUCCACAGACAUGGCUGGCAGCAGGAAGUUAAUACUGCUCAGAUCCCUGCUAACUGUGCAAACCAGAGCCUGCUAAGAGGCUGAUCUGGCCAAGGAUUUGGCUCCUUCGUCUCACUCACAGCAGCCAGCGAAGUGAAAGACAAGAGAAUCCUGGAGCUCUGCAGGGGGGACCUCCCUACUUGGUGCCUUGGUUCUGAGGCAGAAGCAUCACCCCUGCUGCAAAAGUUCCAUUUCCCAUCUGGUCCACAUUGCCCCAGUGAGGACCCCCAGCCUUCAUCUAGAAGCAACCCAUGUACUGAAUUCUGCUUCAGGCCCUUCUCUGGACAGGACCUUUGCCCAACUGCUGGGGGAAGUAGAUACCUGUGAAGGCCAAGUUCAUCCUCCUGUGCCUCCCUGGGUCAACUGUAGGGCUAACAGAAGCUUAGGAACCAUGGUAAACCCUCUGGGGGCUCCAGUGAGUUCUAUUGCUAGCAAUGGGGGAGGGGGAGGCUGAAGAGGGUGCAAAAUAUUAUGGGGGGAGGGGUCUAUCACAGCUGCCAGAGAGACCAGUCCCCCGUCCCUCAGGCUCCACACAGUGCCUGGGAAGUGUAUGCAUGCCAGUUGCUUUAUGUACCAAAGCAACCAGCACAGCAGCAGAGAGUGGGGGACUUUGGCCUCAAGUGCGAUACUAUGUACUAUUCAGCACAAAACCAAGGAGCAAAGGGAAAAUGUUACUAGCAAGGGAUGAGCAGAAGGGAGGGACCACCUGCUGAUUUGUACAUCCUAUUGCCAAGGCUGUGCCAGACCUCCAGGGACACUGCCCAUUUCAGGGAAACCUGAGGAGCAUGCCUAGAAAAACUGACAUAGGAAAGCAAGGCCUGCUGGGUACCACUUUGAGAAGCACUGCUGUAGAGUACAAAGUGGUAGUACGGUUGCCAGUCCACAGCAAGUUGCCGGGAAAGAAAGAAAUAUAUUCACUGGUCCGCAGCGAGUUGCCAGAAAAGAAAGAAAUAUAACUUAAUAUUUAUAAUAUAAAUAUAUAUAAUUUUCAGAAGCAUAACAUUGAUAUGUCAUAGCGCUACAGUUCAUACGUUUCAACACUCCAGGUGACGUCACGUCGUGCGAGGUGAGGACAGAGAAAGUAACAGCCGGUCGCGCAUUUGUGUAGCGCUGUUACACGCAGUUGCUGCCACCGGCUGAACUGGGCAAAGUUCCCUGGCCCACUGGAAACAAAAUUGCCGGUCCGCCACAUCAGAUAGUUUGAGAAGCACUGCUCUACAGGACAGAGGCAGGUUAUGGACUGCCGUAGCCCUGAGCCUGCUGGAGGGAGUAUCAACCCAGGGUGGCCUCAAGCUGUGCAUUUUCAAGGAAAAUAAAACAUAUUUUACACAACACAAAUGUACUGCUGCUCAGUAAAAAAUGUAUACAAGGAACAAGCCAUGUGUUGGCAGUGCUGGGCAGGAACACAAGCUAGCAUUUACCUGCUCCAAACAGCUCACUUCAGUGCUCACUGAGCUGGAGAAAAGGCUGCUGAGCAAGACAAGCUUGUACCUGGAUGGGCAAUGACCCUAGACAUUCUUGCUCUAGGUGGAAGGUGAUGCCCGCACAGUGCAACGGCUGCUAAUAUCAUGCAUUCUGAGGAGUGUCUGAGGACAGGCUGCCAUGGGGACUGUAGUGAAUCUUGGUCCUUUUGCCUUUCCUCCCCACCCAUCUCCCAAGCUCCAGACUCUGAACUCAAGCAUCUCCAGGCAUUUUCCUGCCCUGGCUGUUUUUUUCUUGCUUCCUAUCAUGGACAAUCUUUCAACAGACAUUUGGGAGGGGGCCCUCAAGGAUACACCAGAUGAGGUCACUGGUUAACCCUCAGACAAACAGCAAUUAUUAGACUGAAUGGCUUCCCAUACAUCAAGGGGAAAGUGUCCUAAGAUUGAACAACAUGUGCUUGAAAACUUCAGUACAGGUAACCAGCAGCUCUGUAAGUGGUGAAAAGUUGGAUUGGCUAUAACUAGUUCUGUGAGCCAGCCUGAGCCAAGGAGGUGAGCCACUUGUAGUUGCAAUCUCUGAGUCCAAGUAAAGCACACAGGGCAUGUCCUGUACUGAGAUUUUUUUUUAACUCAAACAAAAAAAACCUGCAUUGUGGACUAGAGAAGCUGCAGCCAUUUUGCUUGCAACACUGCUGCAAAAAUCUGGUAGGCUGAAUGCCUUUUACUGCACUGCUUGACAGGCAGUGUUUGCCUUCUUGAUGUAUAAUCUGAAUGCUAAGGUUGGUCUGCAGCAUGAAUCUCAUUCAGUUCUGAAUGUUCUGUGCUAUAUUUGCACUGUUUUCAUUUUAUUGGUAUAUUUUUGCUGA